AUGGUUGAAGGACGAUAUGAGGUAUCUCUCCCCUGGAAAGUCAAUAAGAAACAACUCCCUACCAACUUAACACUCGAGGAAAGACUGAACAGCACUAUUCACAAGCUGAAACAAACUAAUAAAUAUCUGGAAAUUUAUGACCAGAUCAUCAAAGAACAACUGUCUCUCAUCUUCAUUGAAACAGUGCCAGAAGAAGACCACAAGUUGACAAAUGUUCAUUAUUUACCCCAUUUACCUGUGAUUAAGGAUUCAACUACAACGCCCAUUCAUUUUGUAUUUGAUGCAAGUGCCCGGAUGGACAAGCAGGCCCCUAGUCUGAAUGAUUGCUUAUACUCUGGCCCAUCCUUGACUAGUCAUCUAACCGACUUGUUGUUGAAAUUCCGUCUCGACCCAUUUGCGGUAUCAGCAGACAUCAGCAAAGCCUUCUUACGGGUAGGUCUCCAACCUAGAGAUCGUGAUUUUACACGUUUCAUCUGGCUAAAAGAUCUUAACAAUGAAAAGGACCUUCAAGCCUAUAAAUUUAGAUCAGUUCUCUUUGGAGCCACCUGCUCGCCUUUUCUACUCCAGUCGACCUUGCAACAUCACUUAGAAACCUAA